CACCUUCGGCACCGGCACGUCGGGGAGCAGCACCGGCACCUUCGGCACCGGCACGUCGGGGAGCGGCGCGGGCGGAGCGGAGCGACACAGGACCGGCCAGACUGCCCUGCCCGGAGGCUCUUGCAGAGGAGAAGAAAGAAAAAAAGAUGACUAAUUUGAAAAAUCAAGCCUGCUGUGCCACCUGUGAUGGGCAUGGUUGGGAAGACAGGGAAUUUGGUCUGAAAAGAUGACUAGUACUCUGUUAUAAGCCAAUUACUCUUCUGGAAAGAUGAAAACCUACUGUUUAAAAAAAAAAAAAAAAGUAUUUUUCCCAAGUUAAUCAAUAUUGUCAAAUCUAUUAUUGGGCAACAAAUACCAAGCAAAAAUAUUAAUUCUGCUCUAAGACAAGUGUUUACAAAACAGAUAGUUACUAGAAAAUUAUUAAAUCUGAAAUUCCAGCUCUUAAACAAAUGGCUUCAUCUAAAUUUAACACUUUUUUUACAUAUGCAUGACUUGUAUUUUAGUGCAACAGCAGCACUCUAUUUGCCUUAGAAUGCAGUUUGUUCAAUUCAGCAAGUCCAUCUGAGUAGAUUUCCAUCAAUACUCCAUGCUCUACAAGCCACAUGGGAAGUCACUGAAAUGUGCUGACACAUACUUAGCUAUGAAGUAAUUUUGCCUAAGAGCAGGUUAUUUCCUAAUUGUUCACCACUUGUUUUUUGGGUCAUGUCUAUUGUGUCAUGAGAGAAAAAUCACAUGCCAUUCAGAGCCAGGAUGAGCCACGUGGGUUCCUUUUACCUUCCAAGGGCAAGAAGAACUACUGACAGAAAUUAUUUUUAACUGACUUGUUUGUUCCUCAAACAACUGAAGUAAAAACUUCAUCUUGUAAGGCUCUACUCGAGGCUGAAAAGAUUACUGACUAGACUUUUGGUAAGCCACAAGAUGGUAUUAAGUAGCAGCUGCCAUUUAUGAAUGCUGCAAGAAGAAAAAAUGUACACUGCCUUCCUUCCCAGCAGCUGGCCAUGAAAUAUGGAUGCUGUGCUGAAACUGCUUCAUCAUUUCACCAUUUGUCCCUAGACUCUGAAUCACAGACUAUCCUGAGCUGGAAGGAACACACGAGGAUCAUUGAGCCCAACUCCUGCACGAAUGCUCCAUAUGGGGAUAGAGUGUGGAUAUACAAAUGUUAAAGCUGAGAUAAACAUAAACUCUACUGGAUCUGCUGGAUCACGGAGAUUGUGUGUGACACUGUCCAUGUCACUUGAGAGGAGCUCUUCACAAGUGGCCUUGAUCCAUGUGCUCAUUCACUGAUGUCCAGCUUGUUCCUUCGCGAUCUUACUCAGCAAAGUGCUCAAGGCUUGCAGCAGUGACUGAAGUCAGAAGGGGCUGACUUCUGAAGAUUCCAGGCAGGAUGAAAGACCGUUUAAGUGAGCUGCGUGAAUUUGCCAGGUUACACAACCAAGAGUUUUCUGAUAGUGAUGAUGAUGAAAAUUCACCCCAGGACAUUCUCCUUUAUGAGACAGAUUAUGCCUUGGAAAUCCUUCAUAAGGACAUACAGAGCAUCCGGACAGAAAAUGACCACCUAAAAGCAGAUGUCAACCGUCUCAGAAAGCAGAACAGCCGCUUUCUUACUUCCAUGCGCCGUCUUAGUAGCAUCAAACGAGAUACUAAUUGUAUUGCCAGAGACAUUAAGAGCCGUGGAGAAAGCAUCCACAGGAAACUGCAGGUAAUGAGAGAUUUCUGUGAAGAUGCAAUAACAAAAUAUGGAGCUAUGUCUGUCAUUGCCAGGGUGGCGAAGAACCACUACGUUGACCUCAUGCACACAUUUCAGGACGCUAUGUUUGAUUACAAUGCAACAGAGAUGAACCAGCGGGAGAACUGCAAGAUUCGAAUUCAGCGGCAGCUGGAGAUCAUGGGCAAAGACGUUUCUGGUCACCAGAUUGAGGAGAUGAUUGAGCAAGGCAAAUGGGAUGUCUUCUCCGAGAAUCUCUUGUCGGACGUUAAGGGAGCUCGCGCAGCCUUGAAUGAGAUAGAGACGCGGCACAAGGAGCUGGUGAAGCUAGAAGGUCGCAUUAAGGAAGUUCAUGAGCUCUUUCUGCAGGUGGCCCUGCUGGUGGAGGAACAGGCAGACACCUUUGAUGUUAUUGAGAUAAAUAUGCAAAAUGUUGAGGACUAUGUAGGAGAUGCUAAAGACCAAGUGAAAAAAGCUUUGGAAUACAGGAGAAAACAUCCCCUCAGAACAAUCCUCUGCUGCUGCAUAUCAUGUUGCAGAAGGUGAUGGUCCCACUGGAGCUAUCACAGACUGACUUGAAUGUCUUCAAACUCAGCUGUUCUUUCCAGAGAUUUUUUGUAAUGACAAGCCCUAGAAAUAGAGGGGGUAUUUUAUAUUUUGCGGUUGGUUUUGUUCAUUGCCUGUUUACUAAAUGUGCUGAAGGCUGUUUGUAUUUAUAAACUCCUAGAAAUGUUGAUAAAACGAUUUUUAAUCUAAUUUUUAUUGAAAGGUCCUGUUACUGUAACUAGAGGUGCAAUAUCUCUACAGCGAUACUUGCUUCAUCUAGGCAAGAAAGAAGAAUGAAAAACUUAUCCUAGGGAAGACGAAUACUUUUAAGAAGUAACUUUAUUCUUAUUUGUUGAAGUGAGGCUGCAGGUGAUGAAGUCUUAUUGCCUGGGGCAACACAGUACACCACAGAAUCAGGAAGUUUCAGUUUUAACUAGUUUGAAGCCUGCUUGAUACGCAUUUGACAAAAUACUGAGCCUGGAGCAAGAGCAGGACACAGAACUAGUUUCUCUUUCAACUUGAUUUUCAGCUGCCUUAACAGAAGUGGCUGCACCUUAAAUGAUAAUAUGCAGAUUUUGCUCUAUUUGUGUGCAAGUGACUGCUUUUUUCCAUUUUGAGUACCCAGCUCUCUCAAGGUGGCUAAAAGCACUGCAACACUGAGGCAACUCACUCACUUUUAACUUGAGCCACUCUCGACUCUCAGUUUCAAACCUGCCAUGCUUUCAUGUUCUGAUGCACUUUCUGCCAAUUAACACUUCAGCCAGAGGCAAAACAUGGAGUAGCCUUCUGCAGAAACAUGUAUAAGACAACAGCUGUGGGGUUGAGAAAGCUUUGUAGGAUCUCCUAUCCUAGUACAUACAUAGAAGCAGUUUUAGUGGAAUGACUGGCCUGUCAGUACACUUUUAUUUUUUAUAAGCAUUGACCAAAUAUGGAUUUUUUAAUACCUAUUUUAAAUAAAAUGAAGGAUUAAAUUUUUUUUUAAUAUGCAGUUUUACUUGUGUACAAAAAUUUUGACUCUUCUCCAAUUGUUGGGAAAUCUCCACCUGGGAAAGCAAACAGAACUAUUUCUUCAGUACACCUGAAGAAAAAAGAAAAGAGUUUCAUGCCAUUUCAGUGCUCUUUUCAAGCUUAAAAGGAAACUCUCCUUUUGUGGGAGUCUGCCCUUACACAAGGGCAAACCAGUAGGUUUGGAGUAUUGCAAGGAAAUAAAAAAUGUGCUGUCCUGGUAAGCACUGAGCAUUGUCAGUGGAACAUAUUCACAAAGUCUGGUGAUUGAUCGCAGCUCCUGCUUCUGGAGGUUUUCCAACUAUAUUUAUAGGUGGCUUCCUGAUACACUGUGAUCUAUUGCUGUCCUUUGAAAUAAUGCAGGACAUUUGUUUCAGAUUUUUUUUAACUAAUGGUCCUAUUUGUACCAAUUUUAAUAAAUAUAUUUCAACAUUUCAAAUAUUUUGUAUUUGGGAGUUUUCCUCAGAUGUGCAUAGAUGUACACCUUCCUGCACUAGUUGCAGUGAAACUUCUCCCUUCUUACCUUUUGCACCCUGAUUUUAUCUGUGAAAAGAAACCCCAAACAUUUCUUUCUAUUUGUAUUAAUAAAACAACAAAAUAAAUCCACUUCCAAGCUUUCAUAUCUUACUGGGAAACAAUUUUAGUCAGACAGACUUUUUUACAUAAAUAGAAACUAAAGGGAUAACUUUUCACAGAAAGCGAUUGUCCCUUUUGCUGUAGCACCUGUCUCUGAUAACAUGGAAGAGUGAGGAACACUGAUCUCCUAAACUAUAAAAUAUUUUGAUAUUCAGUGGUGUACUGGUGAUAUCAGUGUUGUGCUUGUCUGAGGAUGUCUCCAGUGAGGUGUUCAAACUUGAAAUGGGAGAAAGGAGGGUGAUGAGCUGGGAUCACAGCCAGUGGCUUUGGUGCUACUCAAGAAGACAAAGUUGUUUACUCUGUAGGUGCUGCCACUAAGUGGAACUGUGCAUUCCUCUGAGAGUCAGCAUGUGGGGAUAAAUCAUGAAGAAUGAAAUACUGUAUUUCCUUUCACAUGCGUAUUCCUAGCACUUGCUGAUGUUUUUGAUAAAAAAUAUGUACUUUUUUUUUGUGCUCGUUCUUUUUUUGCAUCU